CUGCCUCGGUCGGGGGUUUACUUUCUCUUGCCUCGCAGAUCUCCCUCUUCCUCGUCACUACGAUCACUACUGUCAGCACAGCCCCAGAAAGCAUCAAAAAGCUUAGGCAGGAGUUUUCAUCACUGUGUGUUGCUCUCGCAAGCCUUGAGAAAGCAUUAAGCGUCGAUCACAUUGCCCGCCGGCCCGACUUUCCCAAAGAGGAUCUCUCGGAUGUUCUAAGCUGCAUGAUGGGUGACUUUAUCGUAUUACAAGGUGCCCUGGGCAAGCUCGUCCCCGGCCCCACUGACAGCAAGAUGAAGAUCCUAAGAAAGCGGUUGGCCUGGGCGUUCCUCCACCAUACUCAUUAUGGUAACAACUGCUUCCUUGAUGACGACGAGUGCGACGUCAAACAAUGUUUGCGCCCUGAGAACUCAGUUACUUGA